ACCUCGUGCGGCAUGAAGUUGAAGCAAGUGCAUGGACAAGAGUGAUGCCAGAGGCCAACGACACUCCCUGAGAGGACGAAUGUGUCCGAGAUCACGAUUUCAAUCGGCGUUGCUACUUCGACCGAGUUGGUCCUUUCAUAACAGGGGAUAUGAUUACGAGCUCGAAAUAGCUCGGUCGGCAGGAUUUCGACUCUAAUUUUAGGAGUCGUUUCGGCAAGCGGAGCAGAGCUCGCUUUGGUGGUCCGAAGGGACGCAGUCGUCGCGGCGUCCGCGCCUUCCUUCAGCGCGCGUGAUUGUGGCGGUGGCCAACAUGCCAGACGUCAAGUUUAUACGGUUCACCCGGAUCUCGCCGUCCAUGGUCACGAUGGCCGACACGAUUCGAUUCAAGUCGCACACGACCGUGAAAAACGUGGCGGUGAUCCGGUACCACCCGCUCACGGCGCGGUUCGUGGGCCAGCCCAAGCUCGAGCAGCUGUACAUGGAGAAGGCCGCCAAGGAGUGGUCGCCGCGAUCGUUUCGCAUCGUGUGUGUGUUUCUCCUGCUCUACUUCAUGACGAUCUCGCCCAACUUGUACAACCUCAUUUCGCCCGACGACGUUGUCCGGGACAAGUCGAAAACGUACUUUUUGUACGUGUUCCCGGCCAUGAUUCCGAUUCCGAUCAUGCUGUGGGUGUCUACACUCAAACGAUUCAAGUCGCACUUUCACAACAUUUACGCCGUGGUCGUGACGUGCUGGACCUUCUCCAUCAUCGGCGGCGGCAUGUACUCGAUGCUGCACGAGUGGAAGCUGUACGUCCAAGAUGACGUGACCAAGCUCCUCAACUACACGCACUUUCUCAACGCAACCGACGUCUUUACGAUCUCGCACGACGACGAAGCCUGGCCAUAUCCGUCGUACACUGGCACCGGCCGCGACAUUCUGUUCGACUACAUGGGUGACGUCCUCCUGCCCGCGGCCACGAUGAACAUCAACCUUCUCCGCAUGGUGCUCGUGUCGAUUUUCAUUCCGCUCUUGCGCAUUGGGUCCAUGCAGUCCGCCGUGGUGAGCGUAGUCACAACGCUGGCGUACACGAUCUUGACGGUGCUCGUGUACCCGACGACGUCCAACAAGUACUUCAACACGAACAAGAUCUUGGUGUUUUGCUUUCCGCUGCUGUUUUCGAUCAUCAUGUUGCUGCAGAACCGCGACAUGGAGCGCAUGCUCCGCGUCGAAUUCUUGCAAAUGCACGAGAAGGAGCAGGAAGCUGAGAUUGCCAAGAAGCAGCGGGAAGUGUUUGCCGAAGAGAACAAGAACCUCAAGCAGGAACUCAAGAAGCAGCAGGACUACCUGGAGAACCCCAUCGAUCUCGAAAGCCCCGUGCACAAGAUCAUCUCGGACCUGAGGGCGCUCCAGGACGAGAGCAACUUUACCGACGCCCAGGCGUUCCGCAUGGCAGCAAUCGUGUCGGCGCUCAGCCGCCUCGACACGAAUUUGUUCACGCCCGACAUUUCGACUCAAAUGGCCAACUCCGACUCGGAAGUCGACAAAGACACAAAGAACUGGGCGAUUUCGGUGCUGGGCAAGAAAGAGUACAACCCGACAAGUCGGCUCUCGAACGCGGCCAACGUGAUGGCGUCGGCCACCAACGCCGGUAGCGUCGGCGGCACGGGCAGCAACCACAUCGAUGUCCGUUCCAAGUCGAGGGACCACAUCUAUGGCGAAGCCGUCGUUGCACUCGAGCACAUGCCCCAUCUGGACACGGCGAUGCUGGCGACAGUCGUCUCCACCGUGCAAAAGGAAGGCUGGAACACGGACGUGUUUACGCUCGACACGAACGGGCGGCCGCUCUUUGUGCUCGCGACCGCGCUCUUUGAGCACUACAACUUUUACGACGACGUCAAGGUCGAUCGCAUCGCGAUGAAAAACUUUAUGUACUGCAUCGACAACGGCUACGUUGGCAACCCCUACCACAACGUGUUUCACGCGGCAGACGUGAUGAAUUCGGUCAACUAUUUGAUCGCGCAGCUCCAGAACGGAUACAUUCGGUCGCUGUUGACCGUGAAUGAGUUCUUUGCCGCCCUCGUCGCGGCCGCGAUCCACGACUACAAACACCCUGGAAAGAGCAACAACUUUAUGAUCAAGGCGCGGCACCGCCUCGCUAUGCAGUACCACGACAAAUCGGUCCUGGAAAACAUGCACCUGGCCGAGUCGUUCUUGCUCACGCAGGACAACCCGAACUGCGACAUCUGGGCCCGCAUGAAGGACAAGUCGUACCGCGAGAUGCGCAAAGCCAUCAUUGAAAUGGUGCUUGCCACCGACCUGAGCAUGCACUUGCAGCUUGUCGGAAGCCUCAAAUCGAUGAUCAUCUCGGACGAAAAACACGACAUCGCGAACGACCCGAUGGUCCUCAUGCGGGUCGUAGUCAAGUGUGGGGACAUCGGGCAUUCGGCCAAGUCGGUCAAGCUGCACGGUCUGUGGUCGUCGCUGAUCGUGGAAGAGUUCUUUCUCCAAGGCGACGCCGAGCGGGACUCAGCGACCGAGGUGUCGCCGUUCAUGGAUCGGUGGGCUGAAAACAGCGCCAAGAACCAAAUCGGGUUCUUCGAGUUUAUCGUGCUUCCGUUCUUCGACACGGUGUCGCAGGUCGUGUUCCAAGACAGCUUUCGACCAAUCCACAUGUCGACCAAGCGGAAUUACGCGCUGUGGAAGGAAGCCGCAUCGCGCAACAUGACGUCGAUUGCCGCCAUCAGGGAAGACCUCUUUUCCGAUGACAACGCGCCGGCCGAGACGUUGUGACCCCCCGCCUCCAUAGUUUUCAGUUAGACGAUUCCAUAUCAAACCAAAGUGCCAGUCCGUUGUCCCACGAUGCCGACAUGCGUCUUCGGCAUCGUGAUCGAGUUCUCAA